UAAACAUCAUUGUUUAUUUGCUUUGCGGUGUUUUGAUGAUAAACAGUUGAAAUUCCCUCGUUUUUGCUUAGCAAUAAAUUUGUGGCACUCUUCGAUCAAUUUUCAAAUAUAAUUUUCAACUGCCACGUAUUAACUUACUUGAAGUCUGGACGUCGAAAUAUUUAAAGUUUACCAUGCUAACUAGGAGAUCUCGUAAAGAAGCACCCACUUCACCUCAAAGCCCAAAAAAGAAAACUGAUGUUCUUUCAAAAUCUCCUUCCAAAGCUAAAAAAACCACUCCAGCUCGUGGAAAAAGUAAAUCUGUUGAAAGAAAAGCUAGAACUCGAUCAAGAUCUGCAAGCAAAAAAAAUACCAGUAUUCCAAGACUGAUAUUAGAAAAAGUUGAUGUCAGUGAUGUUAAAAAUUCAGAUAGACCUAAACGGAAAAAAUCAGCCGAGUCGCCGAAGUUUAAAAAAAGUCCUACUCCGGUAACUGAAGUUAAUGACAAAAGACAAAGUGUUAGCCCGUAUGCCAACAAAUCAAAUGAAAGUCUGAAAUCUGGUAGACAAUCUAGAUUAAGGUCAUAUAAUGAUGAUGAAGAUUACAAUGGAAAAUACAAAACAUCGGGUGGAACUCAGUUUCCAAAAAUUAUAUUUGAUGGUGUAUUAGGCAAUGUUGUGCUAACAUUAUUUCUACCAGCAAUAGUGAUUCUUGCAAAAAUUGCCCUAAAAGCGAAAGGGGACUUAAUUCCAUUUCCUCGAGGCUACUUAAGACUAGGUAACUACUAUGAUGAACAAGCAUUUUUGUGGACAGCUGUUAUUGUUUGUAUUCAAAUCUUAAUAUCAUUUAUACCAUUAUCUAAAAAAACAGAAGGAUUGAAAGAUGAAUUUGUACCAAGGUUUUAUAGAUUUACAGGAUUUGUUAAUUUAAUUUUUGGGACUUUAAUUGUAAUUGGAAUGAUUUAUUUCAAUUGUCCUUUAAAUGUUAUUUUGGAUAUUGUUUCAAAGAAAACUGUACCUCAUGUUGUUGCAUCAACUUUAAUUGCACUUGUCGUGUCAAUAAUUAUAUAUAUAAAGGAACAAAAAGUUGGUUCUAAAAGUUUUCUAUCUAAGUUUUUGAAUGGAAAUAGUAAUAACCCUACUGUUGGCCCUUUGAAUGUUAAACUGACUUUGUACAGAUAUUCAAUACUAUUGACUGUUUUGUACAACUCAUUGGUGAUUUUGGAAUCUCUUAAAAAUUCAAUCAAUAUAUAUCUUAUUGUUCUAUCUGGAAUGCAAAUAUUAUAUGCAAUAGAUAAACUGUUAUUUGAAUUUAAUCUAUUAUCUUCAUUUUAUUUACAAAGAGAAAAUGUUGGAUUAUUAUCUAUCUUGCAACAAUUUUUACUUCCAGCUAUUAAUUUUUUACCAAUACAAAUUUUAUUAUCUAAAAAUAUACCUGUCAAUUUUAUACUACUUGGUAUUGUAUCUGUUGUCUACUUAUUUGGAUUAAUCCUUCAGCGCUAUAGUGACUAUAUAAAAUACAAGUAUAAAACCAACACUGCACAAGCUAGAAAUCCAGCUGGUUUAAAAACAGUUAUUACUAUGAAUGGAAAAACUAUAAUUGUUGGUGGAUUUUGGUCCUUAAUUAGAUUUCCUAAUUACUUGGGAUGUAUUCUAGUCCAUUUGGCUAUUAUCUUACCUGUAUUUGAUCCUACUUUAAGUAGUUUACAAAUGUUGUGGCCUGUUUUACUUUACCCAUUGUAUUACAUUGUAACCUUAGUAUUUAGAAGUAUUAAAGUUUCAGAGUAUUGUCAAUUGCAAUAUGGAUAUGCCUGGGAUCAUCAGUAUGCAACUAAAUGGAACUUAAUACCAAAAAUAUUUUAGUUUUUUUGAGAUAACAUUUUUUUUGUAAUAUCUUAAUUUUAGUAUAACUUAUUAGUUCGAAAAUUUUUUAAUCAAUUUGAUUUCACACUAGCGUAUAAUUUUUAUUUAUAUUAGAUUAGGGUUUUCAAAAAAUUUCCUACCUUCAUGACAACUAAAUUUUUUUUUUUUUUUUCAUUAUUUAUCCUUUUGAUUACCUACUAAGAAAAGUUUUUUAUAGGUAAAGCUUUGGAUUUAGGUAUUUCUUUGUGUAUAAGUAGAUGUUGUAUUUACCAAUCAAUGUAAAUGUUACAUUUAAUGUGCAUGCAAUGUGUAAAUACAAAAUGCCUCUCUGCUUAAUUAUUGUAUAAUGUUAUUGCUCUAUGUGAAUAUUGAUAAACAUUAAUUUUUUAUACUACUUAAAUAUAUAUUCACUCAUUUUGAAUGCCAUUGUCAAAUUUAUUUUAUUAAAAAACUUUGUAUCAUAAAUUGAAUGUAUUAUGUAUUAAGAAUAAUUGUUGUAAAUAACAAAUGUAUUAAUUAUUAGUCUUCUAAAUUAUGUAGUAUUAUACUAUUUUAAAUUGAAUGCUAUUUAUGUAAAUAUUAGAAAUAAAGUAUAUUUGAUUAAUAUAUUCUAGUAUUA